GGAGAGGGUAAAGAACAAACAAAUGGUCGGCUGCCUGUGGUGUUGGGGUGAGCUGCCGAGCUUCUGAAGGGAAGGCGGAGGGGGACGUGACUUUACAUUCCUCUCCACACCGUUAGAUUCACCCUCCUUCAGUGAUCCAGAACAAGUGGUAUAUCAAUUUGGAACAAACUGGAUAUGCUGACUCGAAAGCAAUGAGUGAUUUGGAUCAAUUCGUCUUUUGCAAAUGGCAAGGUCGGCUGUGGCCUGCAAAAAUAUUGUCGAAAUCUCCCAGUAAGGCAUCUGAGACCGUUUCCGAUUGUUUAGAUGUCAAGCUAAUAUGCUUGGAUAAACAGUUGUGUGUUAAGCACAGAGACACAAGACCAUUUGAGCAAAAACAAGCUGAAGACAUUAGCUCUGGGUUGGAAGUGCAUAAGGAAGACUUUACGCAUGAAGAAGCUGUGGAAGAACUGACUUACAGAAAGGCACUUCGAAUCGCCCUGAAUACUUUAGCCAAUCGUGACAGCCAUAUUGCUCAAAUGACUAUAAAAGAACCGGUAAUGGCAAAGACUCGAGUUUUGACUUCAAAAGAGCUUAAAGAGUAUUCCUGUGUUCACAAUGCAAAUAAAACACAAAAUACACCAAAGAAAAAUGGAUUGUGUUCACUUCAGGGACAAGAAACUGUAUGCACUCGACAAAGUAGCAGAAAACUAUCUUUUAUCAACAAAUUACCAGAGGUUGAACAAGAGAAAAGACUGACCAGGUCAUGCACAUUAACUCCAAAUUCAACUAAAAUGAAAAACCAUGCUGGUAAGGAAAAAAAUAGUGGAGUAAGGAGAAGUAUGGGAAGGCCAAGAAAAAAUCUCUUUAAACACCAGCCAAACACUUCAUGUGGCAGUCACACACGGUGUGAGCAACCAUUACCAGUGAAACAGGAAGCUACUGAUACACACAAAUAUCGGGGUGAAGACAGGCUGCGAAAUGUAGGAAAGUCAUCUAUACCAAUACAUGAUUCUAAAAUUUCUGGAGAGGGGAAAGAUCAAAAUGGAGAAGUUAAAAUUAUGACCCUUAGGUCAAGGGUUAUAUGGAAAUCUGCCUGCAAAGAAGUUACCAAUUCUUCUGUACAAUUCAACUGUAAACCUUCGGUCACUCCAACGUCUGACUCUCGUAGCUAUUUAGAAUCUACUCCUAAACGUAGGACUAGUGACAACAUUGUGUCACAUGAAUGCUCUCACUUUUUAAGAUCUCGUAAUGUUCAGUUAGAAGUUAAAAGUAAUUUGGGCCAAAAUAAAUCAGUGGAACAACAGAAAAAGAGAAAAGGAAACAAGUGCCCAGAACCUGUAAAGUGCCUUCAUACCAGUACAACCUCUGCUGAUUUGGACAUUAAUGUUAGAUCCAGCAACCAGCCAAAAGUAGAUGAUUUUACAGGAACCAGGAAUCCCAUGCAGCAAGUAAAUGGGCACAAAAGAAGCAUUUCAGACAAUUCGCAAAUGUUUUAUCCUACUACCCAACUAAAUAAACAAGAGACAUUUCCUCCUUCAAAAAUUCAGAAAGAGGAGGAACCCUCAAAGAUGCAUACUUUAUCCACUGCAGAGCCUGACACAACGAUUCAGUCACCAGCAUUUCAAGUUGAUGAAAUAGGAUUACACUCAUCCUCUUUGUCAGUAGAGUUCAGUUCAGUAGACUCCCUUUCAACAAGCAAGCGCACAGAUAAUGGGGAGGAGGAUGAAGAGAAUGACGAUGAAGAUGAAAACCUUCCAAGUAUACUACUGCACCAAGAGCAAUGGUCAGUAACUGAAGGGAUGCUAGUUUGGUGUAAAUUCCAGAAGUACCCAUAUUGGCCAGCAGUGGUAAGAAGUGUAAAGCCCAGGAUCAAAAAGGCCAGCAUACUGUUUGUCGAUGAAAAUAUAAUAGAUGUAGAAAAGAACAAGAAAGGCUUUACAGUGUCUGUAAGGACCCUGAAACCAUUUGAUUGUGAAAACCGUCAUCAGUUAACAGCUGCAGCACGGUAUAUUUACAAGACUUCUGUUGAUUGGUGUGUGGCUCUAAUUGAUGAUUAUCGAAUCAGAAGAGGCUGUGGAUCCUUCACUGGCUCCUUUGUUGAGUAUUGUACAGCUGAACUUAGUAUCCCAGUGCGAAAAACUUUUGGACAAGAUCCCUCAUUAAUGACCUUUCCAUACAGUUCCAUUGCAAAUCAAGUGGCAGGAGGACAUUCUGAUUCUGAAGUUGAGACCACACCAUCCAAACAACAUCCUACCAAAAAACUGCUUCCUGAUAGGAAGAAAGCUGCCAGAGACCGAGCUAAUGAGAAACUUGUACAAUUCAUUGUCAAGGCAAAGGGUGCAGAGAAGCACCUUCAGGCUGUAAUUAAGGGACAGAAGCCAUCCAGGUGGCUAGAGGAGUUUAACACUCUUACCCGCAACUCAAGUGUCAUUGAUACAUACCUUGAAGAUGACUGGCAGCUGGACCAAGUAGUUAACUACUUAAAAGCUGUCUGUGAAAUGAGUGUGAGCACAAAACACUUAGAAGACUAUGAAAGAUCAAGGUUUAUCCUGGAUGUCCUUUUGCCAGAGGCUAUUAUUUGUGCAAUUGCCGAGGUUGAACAAAUGAGCAUCAAGAAAGCCGAAGAAAAGUAUAUGAAGGGCCCACUUCACAGUGAAAGGGAAGUUGAACAUUUUAACAAGGAGAUUGAAAAAGAGAUGAAACUGAAACAGAAGCUCCUGAAAAAGGAGGAAUCCACUAGCUGAAGCUUUCAUUCUUGAAAUGCAUGUGUAUAUAAGAUUGGACGAAACCCAUAUUUUUUGUGCAAAGUAAUAUCAUUUUUGAUAGCAAGAAUUUAAAUGUUUCUUAUAAAGUAUUGAAACCAAUGGUGUACAAUAACCUAGGAGUUCAGAGCAUGUAAAUAACCCAUUUGGUGAAGUCUAUUAUAUGCUUAAGUCUCAGCACAUAAAGGUUUGUGCCUUAAGUUUUUUUUAAAAGAGAGAGAAGCCAUUCAUUUUGCAAGGACUUAAAAUUUUGCCAAGCUCAGUUAAAUUUGAUAGUCUUGUUGUAUCCUUUCCUUAAACGUAAAGAAUUUGUUUUUGUUGAUUUUGGUUUUGAAUGGUAACCAACUUUGUGGUGCAAGAUCAAUAUUCCCCUAAGAAUGGUUAAUGAAGACAUUUUCAAAUUGCUAUUCUGACUACAUGCACGGUAUAAUACAAGAGAGUAUGGUAUCAGUAAAAAUCACACUUGGAGACACUUGCCCAGUUUUGUUGGUCUAAAUCUGGACUGGUGAGUUAGCUUUCAUAUGUUCAUGUUAACAGUUGACAUGUCAUUAAGAGUAUCCUAAAACUUAAUUAAAAAUGAAGCACUGUUGCAUUUGAGAAACUUUCAAAUCCCCAGUUCUGUCUUCCAUAUGGUGCUAAUUACUAAGUUUGACAUAGAUUCUCACUAAGGCUGCAAGUUAGACUGAGACUGGUAAACCUAGUAACAAUAUAGUUAUACAGUAACAUAACGGUUAUGAUAUUGUCAUGUUGGUUGCAAGAAACAUGUUCACUCAGCUCUUUCUAUGGGCUGCUUACAAAUUCCAUUGAGCAGGUACUUUAAUGAAAAUAUUUGGACUUUGCCACAUCGUGUUAGCUGAUCUGGUCCUGCAAGCUUAAAAUUCAAGCUGCGCCCAACUUUUUUUUUAUCUUGGUAAAGAAAUUUUAUGGAAAUCAAGCUUUCUGGUUUUACAAUUCAUAUCAAAACCUAGACCACUUAAGGAAUAACAUGUUAUGAAAAUAUCACGAGCUUGCAUUCUGAGUUAACCAUAAAUUGCAUUUAAUUUGAUAUGAUAUUUGGAUUUUAUAUUGGAAUGUAAUUUAAUGCCACUUGAAGGUAAUAUUUUCAGUGCUUGCGAGAUGUAUCACCAAAUUUCACACUUGCUGAAUAUUGUUUACCUUCAUUUAGUGAGUUUUUGCAUGAACAUUUUAUGGCAUGUAUGAAUUCAGAGUGUUGGCAUUCUCCUCCUGCCCCAUUCUACGUAUUAAAAGACAAUUCCACUCUAUGGCAGGACCUGUGUAAAGUUCGUUACUGCUUUGAAAAAAACUUUUGAUCAGUUUCUUAAGAUUUUUAUGUUAUUGUUUGCAUUCCUAUAACUCUCUUUUUAAUGUAAAAUACCAAUGGAGAUUUUCUACAAAUGGCAAUCGUAAGGAGAAGACAAAUAAAUAAACUAGCUAGAUUAGGAGAUAUCUUAUUGAGUACCAGGGUUGAAGGUUUAGAAAUUGAGUGGACUGCAAGCAUUUUAAUACCAUCUCCCUAAACAGUUUUCAAGAUAGGGAGAGGAAAAGACAAGUACGAGUUUAAAGGUGCAGUUCUUGAGAUUAUAUGACCAAGGUGGCUCAAGGCUCUUUAAAAUAAUCAGUUGUGAAAAUACGAAAGGCUUAUCUAUCCAAAUUGGGAUACUGACACAAAACCAGAAGUUUGUCGAUUGUGAUAUUACUCACUUGCAGCGAUAUUUGAUUUUAUAUAUUGAGGAACUUGUUAUAAGUUUAUUACUUCAGUCCUCAAUUUUACCUUCAAAUUUUUUUUUCGCUAUUACAAUGAUCAGUUAUCAUUUCAGUGGAGUGGAUAAUGUGAAAAGAAAAUAAAGAAUGGAAUUAAUCUAUGACAAACAGAAGAGGAGACUUGAGUGUUAAAGUCAUAAUAAUUAUUCUUUAAUGGUGAAAUGUAUUUUCAUGGUGUUGUCAUGGUGAUCAGAAAUUGCAAAACAAAAAAAUUCCUUUGGGUGUUUCAGGUUAUAUGGGGAAAGAAAAGAAAUUUAAGUUGUCUCUUAUAUAAUGUCACCAUUGCAGGACUAUGCAAAAUGCUUUUGUCAAGACAUUGCAAAGUGCUUUACAGCCAAUGACUUAUUUCCUGAUGCCUGGCCUCUAUGACUCAAUAAUCCUUAUGACACUCCACUAGUUACAUUUCACCAAUAUGAAAAAGACAAAUUGAUCCAGACCCUCCCUUUUGUGUUGAUCAAUCCUUAAUCCAUGCUCAUAUGUAACCACCAGUUCUGAGAUCCUAUCUUGUGCAAUUGUGGUACCUUAUUGAAUGCCUUCUGAAAAUCCAAAAACACGGCAUCUCCUGGCUCCUCUUUCUCAACUCUGCUUGUUAUAUGCUCAAAGAACUCUAGCAUACUUGUCAAACACAAUUGCCUUUUCACAAAACUGUUUGAUUGCAUCAAACUUUUCUAAACGUCCUAUUUAUUCUUUAAUAAACUGUUACAUUUUCCUGACAGCCCAUGUUAUACUAACUGGACAAUAGUUUCCUGCUUUCUGCCUUCCUUCUUGAAGAUUUAACAGUUUACAAAUCUGCUGGAACCACCAAAUAUACAUUUACAAAAACGUUUGACAUCACAACAUUAAAAAUUGGGUUCUACUCCACCACACCAUGCGUGCUCAUCAAUUCAGCAUUAGAGUAUAUUGUUGCAUAUCCUCAACUUUUAAAAAAAUUUUAAUGUGUUCUAUAUUUCUGAAGCCCAUGGGUCUCAAUUUAACAGUGCCAACCUGAUUUUUCUGGUUGGACUCCUGUUAAUUGUUAGUAGGACAUGUUGGAGAUUCUUAAGUGGAGUGGAACAUAUAAUUGAGAUUACAUGGCAACAGAUAUUACUUGCAUUCAGUUAUGUUGAAAUCUCGUUGGAUCAAAUACAAUUAUGAAAUAUGAGCUUCUAUGUAAAGGUUUCAACUGAUAUAGUUCAUUUGAUAUAGCUGUAUGAGCAGAUUAGUUACUGAAAGCCAUCAUUAGCCCAGAGUUCCUUCAACAUUGAUGCAUAUUGUUUGAAGUCUGCCCUGUUCUUGACUCUGGAACUCUACCCACCUUCAAACCCACACACCUAUUGUCAGCAUUUUCUGUUCAUUCAUUGGCCAAAACUUGGAUCAAUCAAGACAAUGAUUAAAUGAUUAGAUACUCUAUUUUUUUUUCAGUAUUUGAUUUUCCCAAAUGCUAAGCAUUAGCAGUGAACCUCCUUGCUAAUAUUGUUCCAUUUCCCAUCUAAUAUUAGUAGGUCCCAUAAUUACAAGACCAUAAAAAGUAGGAACAUGAGAAGACCGUUUGGCCCUGCGAGUCUGCUCUACCAUUCAGUAGCGUCGUGGCUGAUCCGAUACCCCUCACAUCCACUUUCCUGCCCUUUCCCUAUUACCCUUGAUUCCCCUACUGAUCACAAAUUUAUCUGUCUCAGUCUUAAACUCUGGCCUCUCAGCUGUCUAAGGAGUUCCAAAGAGAAUCAACCCUCAGGAAAGAAUUCUUCCUCAUCUAAGUUUAAUAUGACAUUUAUUUGUGUCAUAUUUUAAAUUAGUUAAACAAUUGUAUAUAGCUACUGGUGGUGUGGAACACUGGAGGUGUGAAAGUGCUCUUUACAAAUGAAAACUAACUUGAGUACUUUCCUAUAUUUCAUCUUUUGAAUGAUUUUAAAUUCAAUCCUUUGUUUCCAUUUAGAUGUCUAUAUGUACAUAACAGAUUCACGUUAAUAAUGU